AUGCCAGCCCUUCGUGCGAGGAAGCGGGCUGCAACGCCUGACGCCGAACCAGAUCCGCCUGCCAAGAGAGGAAGGAGUGCAGCCAAAUCGAAGCAGCCAGCCGACGAUGACGAUGAUGACGGAGCCGCGCAGCCAAAAGCUGCACCAAAGUUCAAAGGCAGACCGGCCGCCAAGAAGAUGAAGGUCGAAGACGACGACGAUGAAGAUGCCGACGAGAAGCAGAAAUCCAAGGGCAAAGGCAAAGCGAAGGUCAAAGACGAACCCGCUGAAGAUGCCCAAGUCUCAGACGCACAGUACGCAAAGGGCGGUAACCUGGUGAUUCCACUCGACGAGAUUUGCCAUCUCACUCAACACCACGUCUACGUUGACAAUGGCACCGGUAUAAUAUACGAUGCUGCUCUGAACCAGACGAAUGCGAGAGGCAACAACAACAAGUUCUACCGCAUCCAGGUUCGUCAAGUCGCUGUGACAUGUGACCCAGCAACGCUGACAUUCCUUGCAGCUUCUCACCGAUGGUCGAGACCGGUAUUUGACUUGGACUCGCUGGGGUCGGGUCGGCGAGCAGGGCCAGAGGGCUGUUCUCGGUGAUGGAAGCUUCCAAGACGCUCUGAAGAACUUUGAGAAAAAGUUCAAGGACAAGUCCGGCAACACAUGGGCCAACCGUGGCCAAGAUCCGAAGCCAAACAAGUAUGUCUUCGUCGAACGCAGUUACGAGCCCGACUCCGAGGACGACGACGAUGAAGAAGCUGCCGAAGCUGGCGCCGACAAGAGCCGUUCUCGCAGCACAAGCCCAGCCAAGUGCACUCUCAAAGCGCCUGUCAAAUCCCUGAUGGAGCUCAUCUUCAACCAGCAGUACAUGGCCGACACCAUGAUCCAUCUGAAUUACGACUCCGAGAAGCUUCCUCUGGGAAAGCUGUCGAAAGCCACAAUUGGGCGUGGCUUCCAGACGCUGAAGAGUUUGUCCGAGCUGCUCGACGAUCAAAGCCUUGCGCAGUCUGAGCAUGACCUGCCCUACCAGGAUGCUCUUGAGCAGCUCUCCAACAGAUUCGUGGGUGUCUCGGCAAGAUUUGCACGAUAAAACUGACCUCUCGAUAGUAUUCCUUCAUUCCGCAUGCUUUCGGCAGAAAUCGCCCUCCGGUCAUCAGCGAUAACAACAUGUUGAAGCGCGAGGUCGAGCUACUUGAGAGUCUGACGGAUUUGAAAGACACCGACAGCAUAAUCAAGGCUGGCAAAGGCGGCAGCGGCGUCCACCCACUCGACGCACGCUUCGACGGUCUUGGCAUGCGCGAAAUGGAGCCUGUCGAUCGCAGUGCCGACGAGUUCACCAACAUCAGCGAGUAUCUGGUGAAGACAGUUGGCGCUACUCAUGGUUCACAUUACGAGGUCCUGGAUGUCUUUCGUAUCGAGCGGUCAGGCGAAGCCGACCGUUUCCAAUCAUUUGGGAAGAAGGGCAGCGACCGUCGUCUUCUCUGGCACGGCUCUCGUUCGACCAACUAUGGUGGUAUCCUCAGUCAGGGUCUUCGCAUCGCUCCUCCAGAAGCUCCAGGUCAGUUUGUCCUGUCCUUCUUCGUUAUUCGGCACUAACAAGGAACAGUCAGCGGCUACAUGUUUGGCAAGGGUGUCUACCUCGCGGACAUGAGCUCCAAAUCGGCGAACUACUGCAUGCCCUCGAUUAGCGGAGGACACGCUCUUCUGUUGCUAUGCGAGGCCGAGCUUGGUGAUCCGAUGCAUGAGCUUAUCGAUGCUUCGUACACAGCUGGAGAGGACGCGAUCGCUAAGGGGAUGUAUUCGACUUGGGGCAAGGGCAAUACCGGACCACAAGGCUGGAAGGACGCGGAGUGCAUUCAUCCUUCGCUGGCUGGCGUCAAUAUGGUAAGUACUGCGUCUUCUCCGAUUCCUCAAGUCUUUACUGACGCAUGCAAGCCCGACACUACUAAAGCUCCAGGAGCAACGAAUGUCCCCGGAGCGUUCCUGUUGUACAACGAGUACAUCGCCUACGACGUCGCCCAGGUCCGUCUGCGGUACCUCCUCCGCGUAAAGAUGUGA